AUGGCGCCCCGUAAGGUGCAUCUCGUGUUCUCGGCUCCCCUCCUCGCGCUGCUCUUCUUGUCCAGCGCUCUAAUGGCCGGCUUGGCCGCGGCCACGAGCAAUGGCACUUCGGCCGAUGACGCUAGGGGAAGGUCCCUGGCGUCGCCGUCCCAGGGCGGCGUGUUCAGCCUCGACCGCUACGGCGCCCGCGGCGACGGGAGGCACGACGACGCGGAGGCGCUGGCCAAGGCGUGGGAGGCGGCGUGCGCCUCGCCGCGUCCGGCCGUCGUGCUCGUCCCCGGCGGCAAGCGCUACCUGCUCAAGGUCGUGAGGCUCUCGGGCCCGUGCAAGUCCGGCGUCACGCUCGCGGUCAAGGGCACGCUGGUGGCGUCGCCGAACAGGGCGGACUGGAGCGACAAGGACAGGAGGCACUGGAUCGUGUUCCGGGGCGUCGACGAGCUCACCGUCAACGGCGGCGGCGCCGUCGAUGGGAACGGCGAGACGUGGUGGAAGCAUUCCUGCAAGAUCAACAAGGCUAUGCCAUGCAAGGAGGCUCCGACGGCGUUGUCGUUCCAUUUCUGCACGAACUUGAAGGUGGAGGGUCUGAAAGUUAUGAACAGCCAACAGAUCCACAUGUCGAUCGAGGAUUGCACCAACGUUCAAUUGAGAGGCCUGUCAAUCACAGCGUCCGGCACGAGCCCUAACACUGACGGCAUCCACAUCACACGCAGCAAGGAUGUGCAGGUCACGAACUGCAAGAUCAGGACUGGAGACGAUUGCAUGUCAAUUGAGAACGGGACGCAUAAUCUUCAUGUCUCAAAAGUUGUGUGCGGACCAGGGCAUGGCAUCAGCAUUGGAAGCCUAGGAGACGACAACUCAAGGGCUGAAGUCUCUGGCAUUACAAUUGACGCGGUGCAGCUAUACGGCACAACCAAUGGAGCACGCAUCAAGACAUACCAGGGAGGAAGUGGCUACGCGAAGGAUAUCACGUUCCAAAACAUGAUCAUGGACAAUGUCAAGAACCCAAUAAUCAUCGACCAGAACUACUGCGACAAGGCUAAGCCAUGCAAAGCGCAGGAGUCAGCAGUGGAGGUCAGCAAUGUGGUCUUCAAGAACAUCAGGGGCACAACCAUUACCAAGGACGCCAUCAAGCUGAACUGCAGCAGGAAUGUGCCAUGCCAUGGCAUUACCCUGCAGAACAUUGACCUGAAGAUGGAGGCCGGCGAUGGUGCCGCAGAAAGCACCUGCCAGAACGCAAAAUGGAGAAAAGUUGGGACGGUUCUUCCACAGCCGUGCACCUCCAAAAACUAG